UCUUUUCGUUUUCGUUUGCGUUUUCGUCUUUGAACGACGAACAAUCCAACUAACUCUAUAUGAUGGCCGAUCACUUAGACGAACCGCCCCAGAAGCGGGUCAAAAUGGAUCCAACAGCGGACAUGUCCUACUUUCUGGAGGAGAAUCUGCCCGAUGAGCUGGUGUCCUCGAACAGCGGCUGGUCGGACCAGUUGACCGGUGGAGCAGGCGGCGGCGGCAAUGGAGGCGGUGGCGCCUCCGGCGUGACCACAAACUCGACAAAUUCCGGACCAAAUCCUGGCGGCGGCGGACCCAACAAACCGGCUGCCCAAGGACCAGGACCUGGCGGAGUUGGCGUUGGCGUUGGCGUUGGAGUGAACGUUAACGUGGGCGUUGUCGGCGUUGUGCCUUCCCAGAUGAACGGAGCCGGCGGCGGCGGCGGCGGUAACGGCGGCAACGGCGGCAACGGAUCCGGCACAGGCGGCGACGAUGGCAGUGGCAAUGGCUCCGGCACGGGCAACGCCAACCGCAUCCCCCAGAUGCCGCAUCCCCACCAGCUGCAGCAUCUGCUCCAGCAGCAACAGCAGCAGGGCCAGAAGGGCGCCAUGGUGGUGCCCGGAAUGCAGCAGCUGGGCAGCAAGUCGCCCAACCUGCAAUCGCCCAAUCAGGGCGGCAUGCAGCAGGUGGUGGGCACUCAGAUGGGCAUGGUCAACACGAUGCCAAUGUCUAUAUCGAAUAAUGGCAACAAUGGCAUGAACGCCAUACCAGGCAUGAACACCAUUGCUCAGGGCAAUCUGGGCAACAUGGUGCUGACCAACAGCGUUGGCGGCGGCAUGGGCGGCAUGGUCAAUCAGCUGAAACAGCAGCAGCAGCAGCCAGGCGGCGGCGGCGGCGGUGGUGGCAUGAUCAAUGCCGUUUCCGUGCCAGGAGGACCAGGCGGCGGCGGCGGUCCAGGAGGAGCAGUUGGACCCGGCGGAGUGGGCGCUGGCGGCGGCGGAGGUGCCGCGACUCCGAACCAAGGCAUGCACAUGCAAAAUGGUCCCAUGAUGGGACGCAUGGUGGGGCAACAGCAUAUGCUACGUGGUCCGCAUCUAAUGGGCGCCGCUGGAGGAGCUGGUGGACCGGGCAAUGGACCCGGGGGCGGAGGACCACGCAUGCAGAAUCCCAACAUGCAAAUGGGCCAACUCAAUAGUCUGCCCUAUGGUGUGGGUCAGUAUGGUGGUCCUGGCGGCGGCAACAAUCCCCAGCAGCAACAGCAGCAGCAGCAGCAACAGCAACUCCUGGCCCAGCAGAUGGCCCAAAGAGGCGGCGUUGUGCCGGGCAUGCCGCAGGGCAAUCGACCUGUGGGCACUGUGGUGCCCAUGUCCACGCUCGGCGGCGAUGGUUCCGUGCCUCUGGUCGGCGGCAAUCCUCAACAGAUGCUGGGCCAGCAGCAACAAACGGUGGCAAUGGGUCCUCGACCACCGCAACCAAACCAGCUACUCGGUCAUCCGGGUCAGCCGCAGCAGCAGCAACAGCAACAACCGGGAACCUCUCAACAGCAGCAGCAGCAGCAGCAGCAGCAGGGAGUCGGACUCGGCGGAGCAGGAGUAGUGGCCAAUGCCGGCACCGUUGCUGUGCCCACUGUGGCUGGCGGUGCGGGCGCCGGGCAGGUGAUCGGUCCUGGUGGCGGCGCCAAUCGCGAUGUGCCCGACGAUCGCAAGCGACAGAUCCAACAGCAAUUGAUGCUGCUGCUGCAUGCGCACAAAUGCAAUCGAAGGGAGAACCUCAAUCCCAACAGGGAGGUGUGCAACGUCAACUAUUGCAAGGCCAUGAAGACGGUGCUCGCCCAUAUGGGCACUUGCAAGCAGAGCAAGGACUGCACCAUGCAGCACUGCGCCUCCUCGCGCCAGAUACUCUUGCACUACAAGACGUGCAUCAACAGUGGCUGCAUCAUUUGCUAUCCCUUUCGGCAGAAUCAUUCGGUUUUUCAAAAUGCCAAUGUGCCACCUGGUGGCGGACCGUCGGGAAAUGCAGGACCAGCGGCCAUCACAGGCGGUUCGGCUGGCGUACCAGUUGGCGGAGCAGGCGGUAAUCUGCAGCAGCAGCAGCAGCAACAGCAGCAGCAGCCCAAUCUCACUGGCCUGGUGGGUGAUGGCAGCAAGCAGGUGGCACCGGGCGGUGGUCAGAACACGGCCAUAGUGCUGCCGCAACAGCAGGGAGCUGGCGGCACACCGGGUGCCCCCAAGACGCCAGCGGACAUGGUGCAGCAGUUGACGCAACAGCAGCAACAGCAGCAGCAGGUGCACCAGCAGCAGGUGCAACAGCAGCAGGAGCUGCGACGCUUCGAUGGCAUGGGCCAGGUGGGACUUUCGCCCGUUCCAGCCGGCAACAUGCAGCAGGGUUUGCCACCCGUGAUCCGAAUGCAGGGAGCACAGCAGCCGGCUGUUAGGGUGCUAGGACCCGGCGGUCCCGGCAGUGGGCCCAAUGUCCUGCCCAACGAUGUGAACAGCCUGCAGCAGCAACAACAACAGCAACAGCAGCAGCAGCAGCAGAUGCUGCAGCAGCAGCAGCAGAACCGACGACGCGGUGGCCUGGCCAACAUGGUGGAGCAACAGCAGCAACAACAGCAACCCAAUCCCGCCCAGCUAGUUGGCAACAUUCCGGCACCACUCUCCGUCAACGUUGGUGGCUUUGGCAAUGCCAAUUUCGGUAAUGCCGCGGCCAGCGGAGGAGGAGGCGGCGGCGGCGGAAGCGGAGGCGUGCCCAAUGACAAGCAGCAGUUGAAGGUGGCCCAAGUGCAUCCACAGAGCCAUGUGGUGGGCGGCGGUGCAGCGCCGGGCGGAGGAGCAGGAGCAGCAGGCGCCGGCGGAGCCAGUGGCCAGGUGGCAGCCGGAUCCAGUGUCCUCAUGCCAGCCGACACAACGGGUGGCGGUGGCGGUAGCGUUGGCGGCACCACUAACAAUCCCAAUCAGAAUGCAGGCGCUGGAACGGUAACUGGCGGAGGCGCUGGUGGCGGCGCCGGUGGCGGUGGCAACUCUGGCACACCCGGCGACAAUGAGAAGGACUGGCGGGAAUCGGUGACCAGCGAUCUGCGCAACCAUCUCGUCCACAAGCUCGUGCAGGCCAUCUUCCCCACCUCCGAUCCCACCACCAUGCAGGACAAGCGCAUGCACAACCUGGUCUCGUAUGCGGAAAAGGUCGAGAAGGAUAUGUACGAGAUGGCCAAGUCCAGGUCGGAGUACUAUCACCUGCUGGCCGAGAAGAUCUACAAGAUACAGAAGGAGCUGGAGGAGAAGCGGCUGAAGCGCAAGGAGCAGCACCAGCAGAUGUUGCUGCAUCAGCAGGGAGCUGCUGGCGGUGGAGGUGCAGGUGGUGGUGGUGGUGUAGCAGCUGGCGGAGCAGUCAGUGCAGCAGCAGGCGGAGUAGUCCUUCCCCAGCAGCAGCAGCAGCAGGGUCAGCAACCUCCACAGAGCUGCAUCCAUCCCAGCAUCUCACCCAUGGGCGGUGGAGUGAUGCCGCCCCAGCAAUUGCGUCCACAGGGUCCCGGAUCCGGUCUGCUGGGUCAGCCAACGGCAGCAGCUCUGGGUGUGGGCGUGGGCGUUGGCGUUGGCGUCACCAACAACAUGGUGGCCAUGCGCAGUCACUCGCCCGGCGGCAAUAUGCUCACCCUGCAGCAGCAGCAACGCAUGCAAUUCCCCCAGCAGCAGCAGCAACAGCAGCAGCAGCAGCAGCCACCAAACUCGGGAGCUGGCAAAAUGCUGGUUGGACCACCGGGACCCAGUCCCGGCGGCAUGGUGGUCAACCCGGCACUCUCACCCUACCAGACAAGCAAUGUGCUCACCAGUCCGGUGCCGGGACAACAGCAGCAGCAGCAGUUCAUCAAUGCAAAUGGUGGCUCUGGAGCUAAUCCCCAGCUGAGUGAGAUCAUGAAGCAGCGACAUAUACACCAGCAGCAACAGCAGCAGGCGCAACAACAGCAGCAGCAGCAGCAACAACAGCAACAGCAGCAACAACAACAGCAACAACAGGGCAUGCUGUUGCCGCAAUCGCCUUUCAGCAAUGCAGCGCCCCUACAGCAACAGGCUACCAGCAACAGCUUUAGCUCGCCCAUGCAGCAAGGGCAACAGCAACAGCAGCAGCAGCAGCAGCAGCAACAGCAACAGCAACAACAGAAGCCCGGCAGUGUGCUGAACAACAUGCCGCCCACGCCCACAAGUUUGGAGGCUUUGAGUGCCGGAGCAAGUGCCUCCAAUGUGACGGUGGCAGCGCCCAGUCCAUCGCCUGGCUUCCUCUCCAAUGGACCCUCCAUAGGCACGCCCUCCAACAACAAUAACAACAACAACAACAGCAGUAGCAGUGCCAACAACAACCCGCCCUCGGUGAGCAGUUUGAUGCAACAGCCGUUAAGCAAUCGUCCGGGUACACCGCCCUACAUACCCGCCUCACCAGUACCAGCAACCAGUGCCUCGGCCUCCGGUCUGGCGGCCAGCAGUACGCCCGCCUCGGCCGCAGCCACAUGUGCAAGUAGUGGCAGCGGUGGCAGUGGCAGCGGCAGCGGCAGCAAUAGCAGCAACAGUGGAGGAGCUACUGCAGCGGGAGCCAGUUCCACAUCCUCAACUUCCUCUGGAGGUUCGGGAACGCCACUGAGUUCAGUGUCCACGCCCACUUCAGCCACCAUGGCCACGAGUAGUGGAGGAGGACCAGGAGCUGGAGGAGGAGCAGGAGGAGGAUCAUCUACAACGCCCGCCAGCAAUCCAUUGCUACUGAUGUCAGGAGGAGGCGGAGGAGGAGCGGCGACCACCACCACCACCACCACAUCCAGCUCCUCGAGCAGUCGCAUGAUGAGCAGCUCCAGCAGUCUCUCCUCGCAGAUGGCCGCCCUGGAGGCUGCGGCGCGGGACAACGACGAUGAGACGCCCUCGCCGUCGGGCGAGAAUACCAAUGGCAGUGGGGGCAGCGGCAACGCCGGCGGCAUGGCCUCCAAGGGCAAGCUGGACUCCAUCAAGCAGGAUGACGACAUCAAGAAGGAGUUCAUGGACGACAGCUGUGGCGGCAACAACGAUAGCUCGCAAAUGGACUGCUCCACGGGCGGUGGCAAGGGCAAGAAUGUGAACAACGAUGGCACCAGCAUGAUCAAAAUGGAGAUCAAGACGGAGGAUGGUCUGGAUGGCGAGGUGAAGAUCAAAACGGAGGCCAUGGAUGUGGACGAGGCUGGCGGUUCGACGGCGGGCGAGCAUCAUGCUGAUGGUGGUCUCGGCGGUGGCAAGGAUAACAUCAACGGAGCGCAUGAUGGCGGAGCAGCUGGCAGUGCUGUGGACAUCAAGCCCAAGACGGAAACGAAACCGCUCGUACCAGAGCCAUUGGCACCCAAUGCGGGUGAUAAAAAGAAGAAAUGCCAAUUCAAUCCCGAAGAGCUGCGCACCGCUUUGCUGCCCACGCUGGAGAAACUGUACCGGCAGGAGCCCGAAUCGGUGCCCUUUCGCUAUCCCGUCGAUCCGCAGGCACUGGGCAUUCCCGACUACUUUGAGAUCGUGAAGAAGCCCAUGGACCUGGGCACCAUACGCACCAACAUUCAGAACGGCAAGUACAGUGAUCCCUGGGAGUAUGUGGACGAUGUGUGGCUGAUGUUCGACAAUGCCUGGCUCUAUAAUCGCAAGACAUCGCGGGUGUAUCGUUAUUGCACCAAGCUUUCGGAAGUUUUUGAGGCAGAGAUUGAUCCUGUGAUGCAGGCCUUGGGCUACUGCUGCGGCAGGAAGUACACAUUCAAUCCACAGGUGCUCUGCUGCUAUGGCAAGCAGCUGUGCACGAUUCCGCGGGAUGCCAAGUACUACAGCUACCAGAACAGUCUAAAGGAAUACGGUGUCGCCUCAAAUAGAUACACCUACUGCCAAAAGUGCUUUAACGACAUCCAGGGCGAUACGGUCACACUGGGCGAUGAUCCACUGCAGUCGCAAACCCAAAUCAAAAAGGACCAGUUCAAGGAGAUGAAGAACGAUCAUUUGGAGCUGGAGCCGUUCGUCGAUUGCCAGGAAUGUGGACGCAAGCAGCACCAGAUCUGUGUGCUCUGGCUGGAUUCGAUUUGGCCCGGCGGCUUUGUGUGCGACAACUGUUUGAAAAAGAAGAACUCGAAGCGGAAGGAGAAUAAGUUCAAUGCGAAGCGUCUGCCAUCCACCAAACUGGGCGUGUACAUUGAGACGCGUGUGAACAACUUCCUCAAGAAGAAGGAGGCGGGCGCCGGUGAGGUGCACAUCCGUGUGGUCAGCUCCUCCGACAAGUGCGUCGAGGUGAAACCCGGAAUGCGUCGACGUUUCGUGGAGCAGGGCGAGAUGAUGAACGAGUUUCCGUACCGCGCCAAAGCUCUGUUCGCCUUCGAGGAGGUGGACGGCAUCGACGUCUGCUUCUUUGGCAUGCACGUGCAGGAGUACGGAUCGGAGUGCCCGGCGCCGAAUACGCGGCGUGUGUACAUUGCCUAUCUGGAUUCAGUUCAUUUCUUCCGGCCACGACAAUACCGCACUGCGGUAUACCACGAAAUCCUGCUCGGCUACAUGGACUAUGUGAAGCAGCUGGGCUACACGAUGGCCCACAUCUGGGCAUGUCCGCCCUCCGAGGGCGAUGACUACAUCUUCCACUGCCAUCCCACGGACCAGAAGAUACCCAAGCCCAAGCGGCUGCAGGAGUGGUACAAGAAGAUGCUCGACAAGGGCAUGAUCGAGCGCAUCAUCCAGGACUACAAGGACAUCCUCAAGCAGGCCAUGGAGGACAAGCUGGGCUCCGCCGCCGAGCUGCCCUACUUCGAGGGCGACUUCUGGCCCAACGUCCUGGAGGAGAGCAUCAAGGAGCUCGACCAGGAGGAGGAGGAGAAGCGCAAGCAGGCCGAGGCCGCCGAAGCAGCGGCUGCAGCGAAUCUUUUCUCCAUCGAGGAGAACGAGGUGAGCGGCGAUGGCAAGAAGAAGGGCCAGAAGAAGGCCAAGAAGUCGAACAAAUCGAAGGCGGCGCAGCGGAAGAACAGCAAAAAGUCCAAUGAGCAUCAGUCGGGCAACGAUCUCUCCGCCAAGAUUUAUGCGACCAUGGAGAAGCACAAGGAGGUCUUCUUCGUUAUCCGUUUGCAUUCGGCGCAAUCGGCAGCGAGUUUGGCGCCCAUCCAGGAUCCCGAUCCGCUGCUCACCUGCGAUCUGAUGGACGGACGUGACGCCUUCCUCACCCUCGCCCGCGACAAGCACUUUGAGUUCUCAUCGCUGCGGCGCGCCCAGUUCUCCACGCUGUCCAUGCUGUACGAGCUACAUAACCAGGGCCAGGACAAGUUCGUCUACACCUGCAACCACUGCAAGACGGCGGUGGAGACGCGCUACCAUUGCACCGUCUGUGAUGACUUUGAUCUGUGCAUCGUGUGCAAGGAGAAGGUCGGCCAUCCGCACAAGAUGGAGAAGCUCGGCUUCGACAUCGACGACGGCUCGGCGCCGGCGGACCACAAGCAGGCCAAUCCGCAGGAGGCCCGCAAACAGUCCAUCCAGCGGUGCAUCCAGUCGCUGGUGCACGCCUGUCAGUGCCGCGACGCCAACUGCCGCCUGCCCUCGUGCCAGAAGAUGAAGCGCGUCGUCCAGCACACGAAGAACUGCAAGCGGAAGACGAACGGCGGCUGCCCCAUCUGCAAGCAGCUCAUCGCCCUCUGCUGCUACCACGCCAAGCACUGUCAGGAGCAGAAGUGCCCCGUGCCCUUCUGUCCCAACAUCAAGCACAAGCUCAAGCAGCAGCAGCUCCAGCAAAAACUCCAACAGCAGCAGUUGCUGCGUCGUCGUGUGGCGCUCAUGUCCCGCACAGCGGCUCCAGCGGCUCUGCCCGGUCCGGCGGCAGUCAGUGGUCCGGCGUCGGCGGUGGUCGCCGCACCCGGCGGCGUGGUGGGCAUGUCCGGCGGCGUGGCUCUGGGCCAACAGGUGAUGCCGGGCCAGCCGGGCAUAAUGGCACCGGGAGCUGGUGGCAUGUCGCCAUCGACGGUGGCAGUGCCCUCGCCCGUUUCGGGCGGUGCCGGCGUCAUGGGCGGGAUGACCUCGCCGCACCCGCACCAGCCGGGCAUCGGGAUGAAGCCCGGCGGCGGCCACUCGCCGUCGCCCAGUGUGCUGCAGGUGGUCAAGCAGGUGCAGGAGGAGGCCGCUCGCCAGCAGGUCUCGCAUGGCGGUGGCUUCGGCAAGGGCGGACCGGCCAUGGCCCCGCCGCCCCAGAUGAAUCGAGCGAUGGGCGUGGCAGGACCGAAUCCGAAUGUGGUCAAUCAGCUGGGCGGCAUGGUUGGCGUAGGAGUUGGAGGUGUGGGAGUGGGCGGUGUCGGCGGCGUUAACCAACUGAGCGGUGGCAAUCCCGCUGGCGGUGCCGGUGGUCCCGCCCUGCCCGGCUCUGGCAACUGCUCACUGAACGUCUUGAAUGCCAACCACCUGCUGCCCAUGGAUCAGUGGGGUGGCAAUAGCGGUGGAGCCGGCGGCAAUCCGGGCGGUGUAAAUCCCCAGGCACGUUAUGCCAACAAUGCCACCGGCAUGCGUCAACCCGGCCAGCUGAUGCAGCCCAAUCUGAUACAGCAGCAGCAGCAGCAACAGCAGCAGCAGCAGCAACAGCAGCAGCAACAGCAGCAGAUGAUGGGCUUAGGCGGACCCAAUCAACUGGGUGGAGGCCAGAUGCCCGUCGGUGGACAGCACGGCGUUAUGGGUAUGGGCAUGGGAGCACCGCCCAUGGCCGGAACUGUGGGCGGCGUCCGUCCUCCGCCGGGAGCGGGAGGAGGAGGAGGAGGUGGCGGCGUCGGCGGCGGCGGUGGUGGUGCCACUGGCAGCCAACUGAAUACCCAGCAACUGGCACAGAUCAUGCAGAAGAUCAAGAACAAUCCCACCAACGAGAGCAACCAGCACAUACUCACCAUCCUCAAGCAGAAUCCGCAGAUAAUGGCGGCCAUCAUCAAGCAGCGCCAGCAGAGCCACCAGUCGCAGAUCAAUGCGGCGGCGGGUGGCGGAGGAGGAGCACCUGGUGGCGGCGCCCUGCAGCAGCAGCAGGCGGGCAAUGGUCCGCAGAAUCCCCAGCAGCAGCAGCAGCAACAGCAGCAGCAGCAACAGGUGAUGCAGCAACAGCAAAUGCAGCAUAUGAUGAACCAGCAGCAGCAGCAGCAAGGUGGUGGUCCGCAGCAGAUGAAUCCCAACCAGCAGCAGCAGCAGGUGAAUCUAAUGCAACAGCAGCAGCAGGGCGGACCCGGAACUGUGCCCCAUCGCAUGCCCAACAUGCAGAACACAGCCAUGAUGCUGCAGAACCUGCCGCCCAACAUGUCGCCAGGCGUCUCCGCCCAAGGAGGAAUGGUGCCCAACCAGAACUGGAACAAGAUGCGCUACAUGCAGAUGAACCAGUACCCGCCACCAUAUCCGCAGCGCCAGCGUGGUCCGCACAUGGGCGGCGCUGGACCCGGUCCCGGCCAGCAGCAGCAGCAGCAGUUCCCCGGCGGCGGCGGUGGCGGCGUCGGACCCGGCAACUUCAAUGCGGGCGGUGCUGGCGGCACGGGAGUGGGCGUCGGCGUGGGAGUGGGCGUGCCCGGAGGAGGAGGAGCUGGUGCCGGAGUGCCCGGUGGCGAUCAGUAUUCGAUGGCCAAUGCGGCGGCUGCCUCCAAUAUGCUGCAACAGGGCGUUGGAGUGGGCGUGAAGCCAGGUCCCGGACAGCAGCAGCAGAUGGGCGUGGGCAUGCCACCCGGAAUGCAGCAGCAGCAACAGCAACAGCAGCAGCAACAGCCCCUGCAGCAGCAGCAGCAGCAGAUGAUGCAGGUGGCCAUGCCGAAUGCCCAGAAUCCGCAGCAGAAUCCAUCGUCCGUUGUGGGCGGACCCAAUGCCCAGGUGAUGGGACCCCCGACGCCGCACUCGCUGCAGCAGCAGCUGAUGCAAUCGGCCCGCGCCUCGCCGCCCAUCCGCUCGCCCCAGCCAACGCCAUCACCGCGCUCGGCGCCAUCGCCACGUGCCGCUCCAUCCGCCUCGCCCCGCGCCCAGCCCUCGCCGCACCACGUGAUGAGCCAUUCGCCGGCGCCGCAGGGACCGCCGCAGCACGAUGGCAUGCACAACCAUGGCAUGCACCAUCAGUCGCCGCUGCCAGGUGUGCCGCAGGAUGUGGGCGUAGGCGUGGGCGUCGGCGUGGGCGUGGGCGUCAACGUUGGCAACGUGGGCGUGGGCGUGGGCAAUGCCGGUGGACCACUGCCCGACGCCUCCGACCAGCUGACCAAGUUUGUGGAGCGGCUCUAGUGCAGCAACAGCAACAGUAGCGGCAACAGCUACAAUGGAUGGUAACCACAAGCCAAAGGCCAGAUGAAGAUUCAUAAACUGACUAUGACUAAACUAAACUAAACUAAACUAAACUAAUACUACAACUAAAACUAAAACUAAAACUAAACUAACAUUGCACCCCAAAUGUAUAGCGUUAUCAUGAUUAAACCAACACCAGCUAUCACAUUUAAUUUGUAAACUAGGUUAAGACCCACCCACCACCACCACUGCUAUAAAGCCUUUAGUUUAAGUCUAGGACAAAAUUUGAACAAAGCAUCUUGAUUCGAUUUCCAUUAUGUAAGAUCGCGCGAUGUAGCAAAUAUAUAUAACAUAUAUUUCAUAUGCCCCUAAAACACCCAACACACCAUGUAUUAAUGAAUGCAAUUCCUUUUGUUCCCACGCAAAACAGAAAAAACAGAAAAACAGAGCAAGAGCAGAGCAAAACACCUCGAUGUAACAACGUUUCAAACGUUGAGCGAAAGCUAAAGCUAAAAAACCUUUCCUUAGUGACUUAAAUUUUAAGCAAGAAGCAGCAGCGAAAGUAAUAUUAUUUAUUAUUUUGUGACAAACGAAUGAAUCGCCGCAGCGCAGCACUCAAGUCUAAAGUAUGUAAAGAGAACAGAGUGCAGAGGAAGUGUUGUAAAGUUGAAUUAAAUAUUUUGUACCCUUGUUGUGUUGUAAGCCAGUUGGACGACAGAUAACGACCCGACGACCAUCCGCAUCCGCAUCCACAUCCACAUCCGCACAAGAAAUAUAUAGCCUAUAGUGACAAUGUGCCUGUUCGGCGAUCGGCAGUUGAUGAUUAAGUGCUCCUUAUAGGAGCUUCAAAUUGGGAACACGCAUAGAGUAAAUACAUAUUUUUAUACACAAAUGAGAUCAAACGGAAUAGGAAUCUAAAUCGAAAUCGGAAUCGGGAAUCGGCAUUGGCAUCGGAAACCUCAUCCUUUUGGAAACCCCACACCCUACACCCAAAUACUACAUUCGAAAAAAAAAACAAACAAAAAAAUCGCUUCUAAAUGACAGACAACAAUAAAUUACAAAGGAUGAGGGAGGAAGGUGACGGGUUCGACGACGAUUAGAAAACGCAAUUAUUAGGAGAAUCAAGAAUCAGGACAGUCGCAACAAAAAACACCAAACAAAUAAGCAAAGGAGUAGGAUGACCGGGGAAGGGAUACGAAAGGAGUAUGAUUAACAAAAGCAACAAAAUAGCAAUAGCCAAAAUGCUUUGAAUACAGAUUUUAGGGUACUUGAACUAUUUAAGGAACUAACAUUUACAAAACAUAUAUGCAUACGUAGGACAACAAAUUAGUGUUGUAAUUUCUAACAAAUUGUUCACGAUUGAUUGUUUAUAUUGUUUAAGAAUUUUAGUCUUAAGGACCAAUGUGUGUGUGUGUGUGUGUGUGCAAGUGUGUGAGUGUGUGUGUGCGCGUUCCUAAUUCCUCGAUUUAUAUCCAUUUUAAUUUCGACCUUACCUGUACAUACUAUAUAUAACUUGACGUUUUACUUAGUAUUUGAUUUUGUGAUAGCCAAAAGAAAAAAAAAAGAAUUAGAGGAGCGCCAACAAACCCCCAUUUGUCUCAAAAGCAGGAAGUAGGAAUUUUACGGGGGACGCAGGUUCGAUUGCUAUUUAUUAACGCUAAAACAAAACAAAAAACACAUCUAGGCUAUAUAGACUUUAAGGCUAAAACGACUCGAUUUAGGUUUAUCACUAUUAGACUAAAUCUGUAGUUUUCAAACUGGGUUCUCUUUCAAUUUGGGUUUUCCCUAAACGACUGAAUCUCUGAAAUAUACAGCAAAAUUUUGCUAAACUGCUGAAUUUUCAGCAAGUUGAAUUUGUAUGGAACAACUGAUAAACAGCUGACCGAAUUUCAGCAAUUUAGUCUUUAGAGAAUACCCAAACUAAUCGGAUAUAUCAUGUCUAACUACAAUUUUUUUUUUAUUUUUUUUUUGUUUUACCUAAAAUGGUAUGUGUGUUCUAUUGUUUUCGUUUUCUAACUGUUUUCUUUUUCUACCAGUUGCCGCCGCCCAAGAAUCAGACAGAGACGGGAGACAGCGAGAGAGCGAGACAGUAGAUGAGGGAAAUUGUAAAUUUUAGAUACUAGGAUACUUAUUCACUGCGCAUAAAAAUGCCUUCAAUUGCGACUUCAGCAAGUAACUAAUUGUAAAUACCCAACACACACACGCAUACGAAUACAAAUACAAAUACACACAAUAUAUAUAUAUACAAAUAUAUAUAUUUACCGAUUACUGAUUAACGAUUACUGAUUACCGAUUACUGAUAGGUGUAGUAGGUCACACGUACGCGACAGUUUGUAAAAUCCAAUGCCCUAGUUUGUAAGCCGCGCAUACAUAUAUCGAAACAAUCGGUUAUAUCGUUUAUGUUUAGACCUACACCGCCACACACACAUAUGGCAAAUAUAUAUACAUUAUGUGUCGGGAUAUAUACUUUUAGUUAGUGUGUUUUUAAACGAAACGCGCAUAGUUUCCUUAGCUAAGCGAAAGACAACAAAAGAAAAAAUUGAAAAAACCAACAAAAAAAGCUGCGCCUGCCACCGAUAAAACCGAUAAAAAAAAAUGGACUAGAUGAGUUCGAUACCCACGCUGCGCUGCACACAAUCAAAAAACAGACACCAAAAAACAAAAACGAAAAACAAAGCAAGUUAAAGUAAAUAUUAUAUAUAAACGAAAUCAUACUCAAGUCACUGGGCUCUGCCGCCGAAUGCCUUUGUACUUUUAACGUAUGGAACAAUGAUCGGUAAUUGAUUAUCGACAAUCGUUGAUCGGUAAUAGUUGCGAUAACAAGACGCUGCCUUCGAAACGCAGACGCUGCGUGCUGGUGCAAACAAAAAAAAAAAAAAAAACAAAAAAGUUCGGUUUAGCGGGCGCAGCGUUUAAUUAUUAAUUAAACACACGAUAGUAACCAAAAAAAAGAAAAGGAGAAAGAUGAGAGAGGGAGAAAGAGAGCUGCUUGCCGUCUUUUUUCUACGCAUAUUGUUUUUGUUUUUAUACCACACACAGUCACAGCAAUGAACAAAGUUAUGGGUGUGAAAGAGAGCGAGAGAGAACGAGUGGCUGAGUGAAAGUGCGAGUGGCAAAGACGCAUCAAUUAUCGUUUUUAACCGUUUUGUGUGAGAGGAGAGAGCGGCGGAAAGAGCGAAAAAGAGAGAGCAUAUUCCAAAACUAUUUGUGAUUACAAUUAUAUAUGAUGAAAAAGAUGAUGAUGAUGAUGUAGAAGAUGAACGAAGGGGAGAAGAGGAAGUAAAGCCGGAAGCCAGAAAACCAGAGAACAUAGAAGAAACACAAAACGCAUUAACCGGAUGAUACUUAGAGUUUAAGUCUUAGUCUAAAACCAGCGCUAUAUACACAUUUAUAUAUAGGUACGAUCGAUCACACGAAAGAGCGGGGGAAUAUACAUAUAUAAAUAUAUAUAUAUAUUAUAUACUUGAUUAAGCCAACACAUGUAAAUUAUAAAUGAACAUUUAUUCUAAAUGCAGUAGCAGCGGAAAAGAAAGAAAACAAAAAAAAAACGUUAACCGAAGACGAAGCACUUUGCUAAACGCGUUUAUUAUUAUGCAUACAAAAUGUAAUUUCUUAUAACAAAAACCCAGAAAAACCCACAAAAAAAAAGAACUCGAGAAAAGGGGAAAACAAAAACAAAAAAGGAUGCGAAGGUUAGAUAAGUCAAGUGUAAAGUAAACCAAGCCUUAGUAAAAACUAGUUCUAACACAACAACCACAACCACAACAAGAAAAACAAAAACAAGAGAGAAAACAAAUGGGAAAAACAAAAACGAAAGAACGAUUGAUACUAAUAACUAAUAUUAAUAAUGAGUACGAUAAUGUUUAUGCUAAUGAUUACGAUAACGAUAAACAAUAAUGAUAAAUGAUAAAGAUAAACCGUUAUGAAAUAAUACCUACUUGUAAAAUAGUGCGACAGUUAAGCUGAUAAGAUGACUUUGACUUUUCUAUCAGAUUUCAUUAAUUUAAUGACACCCAAAAACACCCAAAACACCCCCCACCCUCACACACUCCCCCCCAAACACACAUGCAUACACAUCCAUUGCAUGUGUGUAUGAAUAAACAUAAAUAUAUAAAUAUUUUUUUUACUAUUAUUACGAUGAUUAUAAUUAUUAAUAUUAUUAUUGUUUCUACCAAUCUAUCUCCUACUUUAUUUCCCUUCUUUUUUUUGUCGUAUUGAUCCAAAAUCACAGCAAACCAAGCGAAACAAAACAAAGCAAACAAAAACAACAAAAUAAAAAAACCAACAACACUGUAAUUAACUAAAUACUUUGCUUGAAAGUGUAAAAUAAAUUAAUUUAAAUAAAAAUUAUGAAAUUAAAAUGAA